GCAGCAACCGGACACCAUGAGCCUCCGCGAGGAGCAGGUGCGGCGGUACCUGGACCAGAACCCCGGCUUUGCGGACCGGUACUUCGGGAAGACGCUGAGCCCCGAGCACGCGGCCCGGGCCUGCGAGGACGAGGAUGAGGACGGGCUCCCCGCGGGCGGCGCCAGCUUCCGGGAGCUGUGCCAGGUGCGGGAGAGCGCGGCGCUGUUCGAGCUGGUGCGGGACAUGCAGGAGAACGUCAACAUGGAGCGCGUGCUCUUCAAGAUCCUGCGCCGCCUGGGCCCGCUCCUGCGCGCCGACUGCUGCAGCCUCUUCCUGCACCGGCAGCGCAACGGCGUGGCCGAGCUCGCCACCCGCCUCUUCGGCGUGCGGCCGGGCCGCGUCCUGGAGGACUGCCUGGUGCCCCCCGACUCCGAGAUCGUCUUCCCGCUGGACAUCGGGGUUGUGGGCCACGUGGCUCAGACCAAGAAGAUGGUGAACGUGCGGGACGUGAGGGAGAACCCCCACUUCAGCACCUUCGCCGACGAGCUGACCGGCUACGAGACGAGGAGCCUCCUGGCCACGCCCAUCAUGAACGGCAAGGACGUGGUGGCCGUGGUCAUGGCCGUGAACAAGCUGGACGGGCCGGGCUUCACCGGCGAGGACGAGGACGUUUUCCUGAAGUACCUGAACUUUGGGGCCUUGAACCUGAAGAUCUACCACUUGAGCUACCUGCACAACUGUGAGACGCGCCGCGGACAGGUGCUGCUGUGGUCGGCCAACAAGGUGUUUGAGGAGCUGACCGACAUCGAGCGGCAGUUCCACAAGGCCUUCUACACGGCGCGGGCCUACCUCCACUGCGACCGGUACUCCGUGGGCCUCCUGGACAUGACCAAGGAGAAGGAAUUCUUCGACGUGUGGCCCAUCCUGAUGGGAGACGCCCAGCCGUACUCAGGCCCGCGUACCCCUGACGGCCGAGAAAUCCUCUUCUACAAAGUCAUCGACUACCUCCUCCACGGCAAGGAGGAGAUCAAGGUCAUCCCCACACCCCCAGCUGACCACUGGGCUCUGGCCAGUGGCCUUCCAACCUACGUGGCAGAAAGUGGCUUUAUCUGUAACAUCAUGAACGCCCCUGCGGACGAGAUGUUCACCUUUCAGGAGGGCCCCCUGGACGACUCCGGCUGGGCCGUCAGGAACGCCCUGUCCAUGCCCAUCGUCAACAAGAAGGAGGAGAUCGUGGGCGUGGCCACCUUCUACAACAGGAAAGACGGGAAGCCUUUCGACGAGCAGGACGAAGUGCUCAUGGAGUCCCUCACACAGUUCCUGGGCUGGUCCGUGCUCAACACCGACACCCACGACAGGAUGAACAAGCUGGGGAACCGCAAGGACAUCGCCCAGGACAUGGUGCUGUACCACGUGCGCUGCGACCAGGACGAGAUCCAGCUCAUCCUGGUACUGCCCCCCCCCCCGCGUCCACGCGGACGCACACCCAGGAGCAGGCCCAUCCCGGAGGCCCACUCGCCCUGCCAGCCCAGGCCAACGCGAGCACGCCUGGGGAAGGAGCCGGCUGACUGUGAGGAGGAGGAGCUGUGGGAACUCUUGAAGGAGGUGCUGCCUGGGCCCACCAAGUUCGACAUCUACGAGUUCCACUUCUCCGACCUCGAGUGCACGGAGCUGGAGCUGGUCAAAUGCGGCAUCCAGAUGUACUACGAGCUGGGCGUGGUCCGCAAGUUCCAGGUGCCCCAGGAGGUGCUGGUGCGGUUCCUGUUCUCCGUCAGCAAAGGCUACCGGCGGGUCACCUACCACAACUGGCGCCACGGCUUCAACGUAGCGCAGACCAUGUUCACGCUGCUCACGACGGGGAAGCUGAAGAGCUACUACACCGACCUGGAGGCCUUCGCCAUGGUCACCGCCGGCCUGUGCCACGACAUCGACCACCGCGGCACCAACAACCUGUUCCAGAUGAAGUCCCAGAACCCCCUGGCCAAGCUGCACGGCUCCUCCAUUCUGGAGCGACACCACCUGGAGUUCGGGAAGUUCCUGCUGGCGGACGAGAGCCUGAACAUCUACCAGAACCUGAACCGGCGGCAGCACGAGCACGUGGUCCACCUCAUGGACAUUGCCAUCAUCGCCACGGACCUGGCGCUCUACUUCAAGAAGAGGACGAUGUUCCAGAAGAUCGUGGACGAGUCUAAGAGCUACGCGGACCGGCGGAGCUGGACGGAGUUCCUGUCGCUGGAGACGACGCGGAAGGAGAUCGUCAUGGCCAUGAUGAUGACGGCCUGCGACCUGUCUGCCAUCACCAAGCCCUGGGAGGUCCAGAGCAAGGUGGCGCUGCUGGUGGCAGCGGAGUUCUGGGAACAAGGGGACUUGGAAAGGACGGUUCUGGAUCAGCAGCCCAUUCCAAUGAUGGACCGGAACAAGGCGGCUGAGCUCCCCAAACUGCAGGUUGGCUUCAUCGACUUCGUGUGCACCUUCGUGUACAAGGAGUUCUCCCGCUUCCACGAGGAGAUCCUGCCCAUGCUGGAGCGCCUGCAGAACAACAGGCAGGAGUGGAAGGCGCUGGCCGAUGAACACGAGGCGAGAGUGCGGGCCCUGGAGGAGGAGAAGCAGCAGGAGGAGAGGACCGCGGCCAGGAAAGGGGGCACAGAAAUUUGCAAUGGUGGCCCAGCACCCAAGUCCUCGACCUGCUGCCUCCUGUGAGCCACUCAGGGCACCUGAGGGCUCCCGCAUCCCCCACGCCCACGCAGACUCGCCUCUAACCACUUGGUUCAAGAGGUUAGGAAGCCUGAGACAA